UUUGCAUUCCACACACACACACACACACACACUGGACAUAUCUGGAAACAUAGACACGCGAUACCUGUCGAGGACAAGGCUCGGAGUCAUUAGGGAAGCGACCGCCGCCACUAUGAGCUACCUACAGGCUUCUGCAUUGCGUUCUGGACAACUUGUGUUAUCGUUGUCGUCAUCUACUACGGCUUUCCUCAUCACCGCGAUGCAGCAGACUGGAGGGUACGACGGGGACUGCAGCAUCGUCCCUGAACAUCAUCCGCCUUGUCAGACUCAGCUGGGGGUAAGACUGGUCACGGCUGGCUGCGCGGCAUCGAAUGGGGAACCCUUUUCCCACCGCUUGUUAGGUAGCAAGCAAGCAGGCACUUGUGGCACCGUCACAUAGCUGAGAAGCCAGGGCAAGCCACUGCGGGAGGGAGGAAAUACGAUGACUACGCGCUGUGCCCGUCCGUCCUCCAGGCCAUGAAAGUGACGGGCACAAAGCGGAAUGGGCUGCCGGGGCUGUCAAGUGGUCAGUCAGA